AUGGGAAAUUCCGUUCAAACUCGAAAUCGCCGAAUGUUUGGAAACCUCCUCGGCCACCUGAACCAAGCUCGCAGCCUGAUCAACAAGGAUCAGAAGCUCUUUGACAAGCAGGUACCAUUCUGCGUGUGGUUUGAUCGACCAGCGAAAACUGGAGCAGGACGCGAUCGAGCGCGAGCGAAAGGAGUCGGAACUGAUUCGCGAGACGCAGCGUCAAGUCACAAUGGAGGAAAGAAGGAGCAGCAGCGUCUGAACGAGCUGCAGCGCGAAGAGCGGAUAAAUCUGUUGAAGAAGUCGCUGCAGAAUCGCACGGCGGGGUUCCAAGCGCUGGGGAAGUUCGCGCGCACGGAGACGGAGCCUUCGAUCUAUUGGCUGCCUGCGAACGGGAACGAGGAGACGGCGAAGUGCGUGGAGAAGAGCCGCGUGGAGAUGGAGGCGAAGGUGGAGGAGGAGAGAAAACGAGUGGAGGGUCGGAUCGAGGAGCUGAAGGCGCAGUCGGUGGAGAUCGCGAAGCGAUUGGAGGCUCCGAAGGUGGUGGAGGAAAAGAAGGAGGAGGAAAAAAAGAAGGUGGAUAGUCAUUUACUGGAUAUCGGAGGGGAUAGCGAGGGAGAAAUGGAGGAAGAGACGAAGGAAAAGGAAAAGGAAAAGGAAAAGGAAAAGGAAAAGGAAAUGGAGGUGGAAGAAAAGGAGAAGAAGGAGGAAGAAGAGAAAAUGGAGGAGGAAAAAGAAGCGAAGGAGGAAGCGAUGGAAGAGGAAGUGAAAGAAGAACACAAAGAGGAAGUGAAAGAGGAGCCUAAAGAGGAGCCUAAGGAAGAGCCUAAAGAGGAAGUGAAAGAAGUGAUGGAAGAGGAAAUGAAAGAAGAACACAAAGAAGAAAUGAAAGAGGAACCCAAAGAGGAAGAAGUAAAAGAAGAGCCUAAAGAGGAAGUGAAAGAAGCGAUGGAAGAGGAGGUUAAAGAAGAACCUAAAGAAGAACCUAAGGAAGAAAUGAAAGAAGAGCCUAAGGAAGAAGUAAAAGAAGAAGUAAAGGAAGAGCCCAAAGAGGAACCUAAGGAAGAAAUGAAGGAAGAAAUGAAGGAAGAAAUGAAGGAAGAAAUGAAGGAAGAACCCAAAGAAGAAGUAAAAGAGGAACCUAAGGAAGAAGUAAAGGAAGAAGUAAAGGAAGAGCCUAAAGAACAAGUAAAGGAAGAGCCCAAAGAGGAAAACCCUUCUUCCACAAAUCAAUCUGCCCCGACGGCCCCUCGCAGCCCCUUGCGAACUCCCAGAAAGCCCAGACACCCCAAAGACGAUGAUGAAGAGGAAUACAAAGAAAACGAAGUCCUGACUCCUCGGAGAAGAACGAGGUCCAACUCGAAUGUCGGCUCGCCUCGCAAGAGUGCCCGCAUCGCUCGCCUGCGAAGCCCUGAGAUGUCUCCAGUCCGCUCGCCUCGUAGAUCUGCUCGUGCUCAUUAG